CGGUUGAGUGAGAAGACAAGUCGAGGCCAGAAAAGGACAAUCCUCGUUGGGCAGAUGGACAUCUUGUUGACUGGGCGACUUUGUCGAUGGAUGAUGGAGAAGCAUGUACAAAUUGAGGCGACAGCGUCGUCUCAACACUGUGGCAUCUCGGCCGUACACCACCUGACCGGCUUGGCUGGCCGACCGGCUGGCAAGUAA